AUGGAAAUAUUUUUAAAACUACCAGAAGAAUUAUGGAUGCUAAUCAUAAAUUAUAUUGAUUAUCAACCAACACUUGAAGAGUUAGUCUUGAUCCCAACUUUACAAAAAUAUGCUUUACAAGAAAGGUUUUCAAAUUUCAUACUUGGCAGUUCAGACACUUCUGAUGGAUCAAUGAAAGACUUACAAAGAUUAUAUGAGGUAUACAAUUUCAAACCUUCAAGAAUAGUUAUUGAAGCAACCAAGUUAAGUGAAUUGUUGGGGUUACAAGCAUCUACUACUGAGUCAGAAGAAACAGGGAAUUUUGAAGCUGAAGCUAUGAAUCUUUACGGUCACGCUAAAUUUGAAAUUCUAAUAACAGACGGAAUGCAUGUUGAUUUGAAACUGAUACUUAAAAACGUCAAUGUCGUUGGGGUUCAUUUGUCGGAAUCUGAACCAUUUGGCAUUCUGGAAGAUGGUGCAAUAGAAUUUCAAGCUUAUUUGCAAGCCAUUCAAACUAGCAAGAUAGAGUUUAUGACAGCGAUUUAUGCCAACUAUUUUGCAUUUAAAUUUCCUACAUCUUUGAAAAGAUUGAAAUUAGAUACUAUGAUAGUUGAAAUUGCGAUCAAUUUGAGUGAUUUACAAUGUCUUGAAUAUUUUGAAUGCAGCGACUUAAUUGGAGUAAAAUCCUUAGAUGAUCUUCGGUUGACUAGGACAAUACGAUCCAUCAAACUUUGCGGUUGUGAAUUUGAAACUUUGGGAAAUUUAGAUGAAUAUGUGAAGUUGAGGUCCAUUGAAGUUAACGAUUUUAGCUAUUUAUUCGAAAUUUUCAAAAGUACUUUCCCGGAAUCUUUAGAGAGGUUGACAUUAUGUCCUUCUUUUGAUGAAUCCAAUAUUAGAGACUUAUUUACAAGUGCGAUAGAAGGGACAAACGAAUAUUUCGUAUUUCCAGACUUCUCAGAUGAUGGGACUCUCCUUCGUAUUGGGUUCAAUUUUAAACUUACUUCAAACCUAAAAGUAUUAAAGAUUCAUGAUUAUUACAAGACUAGCUUAGAGGUUGGUUUUAAUUCAUGCUUCGUGACACUCAGUAGUUUGGAUCUUUGUGGCAUUAAAAUCAAAUUAAUCGAGCUUUUUCUGUCUAUACCAGUGUUUAUGGAGAAAGUCAAAAUUAUUCGAUGUGAAGUUACAGAUGUUUAUAGGAAGCCACAAUAUCCUAUAGUCAGGCAACUUUAUUUCUCAGACAAUCUAGUAUUUAAUACUUUCCAAAUAAAUUUCAAGGAAAUGGUAAAUCUAAAUCAAUUGGAGAUCAAAAAUAACUUUUUAUAUGUACUGGACACCGAGGAAAAUAACCUUGAACUUGAUCCUUGUCGAUUCCUCAUUGGUGAAUUUGAUGCGCUUGAUGAAACUAGCGAAUUUUUGAAUAAGAAGAGAAAAAUAAGCAAAGAAUCUGAAACUUUGCAAAUUGAUGUAUCUAAUAUCACAUCUUUGGUUUUAGGUAAGUCCGAUUUGAAUACCUCGACAGUACCAGGAGUGGAUCAUUCAAACUGCAUUCCUCAACUUCCAUCACAAAUUUGUAUUAAAGGCUGUACAAUUUUAAAGACUUUGCACUUGUCUGGGUUGGGAAUUCAAAUAUUGGAUUUACACAAAUUUCCUAUUUCCUUAAAGGAUAUAAGUAUAUCAAAUUUAAAGCUUUUUCAAAUAAAAGGAGAAUUCAGCUUGCUAAAUCAGUUAACACAGCUAUGGCUGAUUAACAAUGGAAUCACUCAUUCAAUGUUACUCCAUCAAAGGUUUCCAUCAUCUUUGGAAAGAUUAUACUUAUGUAACGAUAAGAUUGAAGAUUUGACUUGCUUAAAAAUAGAUAAUUGUGACAAAUUGCAUAUUUUGAUGUUGUUGGAAGUUACUGGACUGCUAAAACCGAAGGGUGCAAAUGUAUUGAAGACAACGUUUGUUGAGUUAAAUGGUAAUGCCUCUUCAUCUUAUGGAGUCGCUACAACUUAUGAUUCAGAAGAGGUGUUUUUGGUAGUUGAUGGGGUUGAUAAGAAUCAAAAUACCCUUUAG